AUUGUCUGUAAGGUGUGUUAACAGUAUCAUCAUAAACGUCGUCAUAUUUUCAAGUCCUUGAAGUGUUGGUUUUUCAUGCGAAAGACCAUAUUAUUGAGAAAAGCGAAAUAAUACGUAACCGUAAUAAAAUUUUUCCAACUAAAAGAGUAUUAGUUUAAGCACUUCAGACCAGUUCAGUGUCUUCCCAAAUAAAAUGGGCCUAACAAUCAGCAGCUUACUUACCCGGCUCUUUGGUAAAAAGCAAAUGAGAAUAUUAAUGGUGGGUUUGGAUGCUGCUGGAAAAACUACCAUAUUAUACAAAUUGAAACUUGGUGAAAUUGUCACAACAAUACCUACCAUUGGCUUCAAUGUUGAGACAGUUGAAUAUAGGAAUAUAUGUUUCACGGUGUGGGAUGUUGGUGGUCAAGAUAAAAUCAGACCUCUCUGGAGACAUUACUUCCAAAAUACACAAGGCCUCAUUUAUGUUGUUGACAGUAAUGAUCGUGAACGUAUUGGAGAGGCAGAACGUGAAUUGGCAAACAUGUUAAAAGAAGAUGAACUACGGGAUGCAGUUCUCUUAGUUUUUGCUAAUAAGCAGGAUUUGCCAAAUGCCAUGUGUGCAGCAGAACUCACAGAUAAAUUGGGGCUAAAUUCAUUACGUGGACGUCAUUGGUAUAUUCAAAGCACUUGUGCUACUCAAGGACAUGGACUUUAUGAAGGACUUGAUUGGUUGAGUAAUGAAUUAGCUAAAAAGUGAUAAAGCACUGUCGUUAUUCAUAAUCUUCAUGAACAAUUUAUUCAUUGAGCAUGGACGUAGAAGACAGGUUGCAAUUUCCGUUUUGUCAGAUUAUGCACUAUGUGUACGAUUUAAUACCACUGUGAUUGUAAUUUUUAAGAGGAAAACUACUUGAAGUAAUAGAAUAUAACUUGACUCACUCAAUGGUCAUAAUGUUUAUACAGGUUUUAUU